UUUGUUUCACUUUAUUUAUCUAAAAUCAGUUAUUUUACAAAUAAAUAAGUGCAUUUUAUUCCACAAUAUAGUUAUCAUCAAAACCUAGAGAUUGUAAUUGUAUAAAUAAAUUCUAAAUCAUAAGAUUCCUUUUCUGCUCCAUCUCCUAAAAUACUUGUAAAACCCAACAUUGUCACAUCGUGUCUUCUCUAUUCGAUUCAAUCUAGUAGUUUAAUAUGGACUCAAAAAUCAUAUCUAUUAAGCAUGGUGACUUUUCAACGGAUACCUCUUGCACUUCAACUUGACUUCGGCUCUCCACUUCUUCUUCUUCUUCUGGAUGCUCUUAUUUCUUAUCCUUCUUUUCUUCCCUUCUGAGUGUGGAAACUUUGAAUCAGAUCACCAGCUUGAGAACCAAGGGAAAGAACCGUGACAAGAAAGAAAGAGAAGGAAUUGUCAUGGCUUGCACUCCAAAGAUGCUUUACUAACAGUCCUCUUCACAAAAGACGGUCAGCUUUCCACUUUAAUGCAUGCGCUCCCGAGCUGCUCUGAGCACGCAGCCACCCACCCAGUGGUAACUCACAGGUUUUGAGGCCUACACACUGCGUUUAGUGGAAGCUUUCCCCUUCUCAGUGAAUCUAAGCUCAUCAAAGUGUUAUCUUUUCUAAAGUUCCACUUGCAGAUCUCAACUCUAGCUGUAUCCAACUACACUCACAGACAAUGACCAUCCUCAACCUUCUGCUUCCAACGCCUCCUCCAUCAAUCCAAAACUUGGCAAGAUGUACCAGAGUUCACUCUCCUGCCUCCUCUUCUACUUGCUAAUGAUCUCCACUUUCCUUCGUUUAGAAUGCCUGCAACAUUGUGAUACUGGCCCUCAUCAGGUUAGAGCUGGCUACUGGUUCUCCCAAGACGACCAUUACUCCCCUGUUUCAAGCAUUAAUGCAUCCCUCUACACUCACCUCUACUACUACUCUCUCUCCCUUGAUGAUGCCUCCGCAGUUGCAGUCCCGCGGCCUGACCAACUCCCGAUCCUUAACACUUUCUCGAGCACCAUCAAAUUGAGCAAUCCAUCUCUCAAGACCCUCCUAUCCAUUGCCACUGAUGAUCGCAAGAAUAGUGCUUCGAAUGCAGCUUUUUCUGCCAUGGCAGCUGAUCCAGAUCUUCGAGCAUCGUUCAUCAGUUCUGCCUUAGCAUUAGCCAGGGAGAACGAGUUUGAUGGGUUAGACCUGGCAUGGCAGUUCCCGAGCUUACCAUCAGAUAUGACCAACCUCGGAAUCCUGCUUGCAGAAUGGCGAGCUCGUAUCAGCAAGGAGGCUCAGAAUUCAUCAUCGGUUCUUCUGACAGUCACAGUGUACUUCUCAAACCACUUGUUUGAACAAUCAACUGACGACCUUGACUAUCCGGUAGAUGUAAUCUCGGAAAACGUUGAUUGGGUUAAUGCUCUCUGCUUUGGUUACCACAAGAACAGCAAUGCCACUACCAACAAUGCUGCACUCUUUGACAAGGCCUCCCACUUCUCUACAAGUUAUGGCAUCACCUCAUGGCUGGAUGCAGGAAUCCCUCCGUGCAAACUGGUAAUGGGAAUUCCUGCAUAUGGAAGAUCUUGGUUUCUCAAGAACAAAGUGAAAAAUGAACCAGGUGCUCCGGUAGUGGCCACAGGACCUCGGCAAAAGAUGAGCAACCAGACUGGCAUGAUGGCCUACUCAGAGAUUGAAGAACUCCUGAAAGAUCCUAGUUCUGAAUUCAUAUAUGACAACCAGACUGUGAUUUCCUAUUUCCACUCUGGAGGUCUGUGGGUGAGCUUCGACAGUCCAGAAGUUGUAGAGUGCAAGAUAAAAUUUGCUCGGCACAACAGGUUGCUGGGCUACUUCCUCUGGCCUAUCAGUUUCGAUGACCUGCAUCACACAAUAUCCAGACAAGCUUCUGAUGUGUGGCUCAGAAACUAUAAAUCCUCCUACAAAGAUGAUGAUGGCUUGGAACAGGCAGAAUCUCCUUUGGAGGCACCACAAGAAGAUGCACCAACUCCAUCAGCAGCUCCUUCUGGAUCACAACACAGGCUUCCAAUGAUCAACAAUUAUCAACUUGGUCUGUAUCUUUCACUGUGUUUUCUUUUCACUUAACAUUUUAAGGUGGCAUGAAACU